AUGAGUAGCGAAAGUCAGAUUACCAGUAUCGUAAACGAUAUCUUGAAGGUAGAGGCGAUAGAGGAAGCGUUCAGCUGUGUUCUUGUCCAUCAUCCUAAGAAAGAAACCGAGAAAGUAGCGGCAUGGCAGCACGAGUUGAAGACAGCUGUGUCCGGGUUGACGAAGGAGCAGCAGGAAGCGGCAGUUCGUCAGUUUCUGUCGAUGGCGGCGGCUAUGACAAAUCAUAGACGUUUACAAUUACUGCUGUCACUGCUGGAGAAUCUAGUGCAUUCAAAUUACUUGCCUGCUAGGCUAGUAUGUGAGUGUAUUCUUACUUGUGACAAAUUGCAGUAUCAAUUGGAAGAUUUUUGGGUUGAGUGUUUUGUUCUCAUUAGACACAUCAUUGGUGGAGUUGAUUACAAAGGAGUCAGAGAGAUCAUGAAAGGAUGCAAAGAAAAGGCUCAAACUAUACCAGCCAGAUUAGAUGCAUCAGUACAACCACAGCUGAAGGCUUUGGAAAACGUUAUUGAAUAUAUUUUUGACAGAAAUGCAUGCUUACUGCCAGGCUAUUUUAUCGUCAACGAGAUACAGAAAGCUUAUCCUGAUAGUAAAAAUUGGCCUCAUUGGAAAUUAGCAAAGUUGCUCUCUAAUUUUGUUGAAAGUUUUCGAAAUACUGCGCAAAUGGUAUCUAUAGUGGGACAUUCAAAGAUGCUACCAGUGGUUGAACAUACUGGAUAUGCAGACUACUUGAUUAAUCCUUGGUUAUUGGAUCCUACUACCCUGAAGUUUUCUUUAAAAGGGAAUUUACCAUAUGAUCCAGAGUUACUUAAGCCUCAGACAGAAUUGCUCAGAUACGUUUUAGAGCAGCCAUAUAGUAGAGAUAUGGUUUGUUCAAUGCUUGGUUUACAGAAGCAGCAUAAGCAACGAUGCAUCGUCUUGGAAGAACAACUUGUGGAACUCGUAAUAACCGCGAUGGAGCGAGCAGAAAAUGAAACGCUACCAGCAGAAGGAAUGGACGGAACGGUGGCCAAUCACUGGGUGUGGUUGCACUUGUCUUCGCAACUUAUUUACUUCAUUCUCUUUCAGUUUGCAUGUUUUCCGAGUAUCGUGAUGGCGAUACAUGAUAAAUUAGCGGGCAGAGAUUUGAGAAAGGGUAGAGAUCACCUGAUGUGGGUUCUUCUGCAGUUUAUUUCUGGUAGCAUUCAACGGAAUCCCCUGUCAAAUUUCUUGCCAGUACUGAAACUGUACGAUCUUCUCUAUCCAGAAAAAGAACCUCUGCCUGUCCCGGAUCAUACCCAAGCUUUGUGUACUCAUCAGAUGGCGAUAACAUGUAUAUGGAUACAUUUAUUGAAAAAAGCUCAGACCGAGCCAGGCACCACCAUUCACAGACCUAUUCCACACACUCUGAAAGUUCACCACGAGUUUCUGCAGCGUUUGGUUAUGCCGAAUGCUUCUCUCUGCAUGGGUUCCGACUAUCGUAUUGCACUCUUGUGCAACGCGUACUCGACGAAUCAGGAGUAUUUCAGUAGACCAAUGGCAGCGCUGGUUGAUACUAUUCUGGGUACACAGAAGAAUCAGCAACAGCAGCCUCUGCAAACUCUACAGAACAAUGCGGCAUUAGCGAAUGGUCCGACGACUCCACUUUCAAUGUCUAUUUUGGAUUCUUUGACCGUGCACUCCAAAAUGAGCCUGAUCCACAGCAUUGUUACACAUGUCAUCAAGCUGGCGCAGUCCAAGAGCAAUAUGGCGCUAGCACCAGCACUUGUCGAAACUUACAGUAGACUGCUGGUGUACACGGAGAUUGAAAGCCUCGGCAUCAAAGGGUUCAUCAGCCAGUUGCUGCCGACGGUAUUCAAAUCGCACGCUUGGGGCACGUUGUAUACACUGUUGGAGAUGUUCAGUUACAGGAUGCACCACAUUCAGCCGCAUUACAGGGUACAACUGCUGUCGCAUCUGCACAGUCUUGCAGCAGUACCACAGACCAACCAGACACAGCUUCAUUUGUGUGUCGAGAGCACGGCUUUACGGCUCAUUACCGGCUUAGGUUCCGCGGAGGUACAGCCACAACUGUCCAGAUUUCUGUCAGAGCCGAAGACUCUCGUUUCUGCAGAAUCAGAGGAACUUAAUCGAGCGUUAGUCCUGACACUGGCACGAUCUAUGCACGUAACCGGCACUGGCGCCGACAGUCUCAGCGGUACCUGGUGCAAGGAACUGCUUAACACCAUCAUGCAAAAUACACCACACUCCUGGGCCAAUCACACUCUUCAGUGCUUUCCGCCGGUACUAAGCGAGUUCUUCCAGCAAAACAGUGUGGCGAAAGAGAAUAAGCAGCAAAUAAAGAAAGCGGUCGAGGAGGAGUACAGAAAUUGGGCGUCUAUGAACAACGAGAAUGACAUCAUUGCUCAUUUCUCCGUGCCCGGCACGCCACCGUUAUUCCUGUGCCUCUUGUGGAAAAUGAUACUUGAGACCGACCGUAUCAGUCCUAUCGCCUACAAAAUUCUUGAGCGAAUCGGUGCAAGAGCAUUGUCGGCUCAUCUCAGAAAGUUUUGUGAUUACCUAGUGUUCGAGUUUGCCAACAGCGUCGGUGGUCAGCAUGUCAACAAGUGCGUAGACACUAUCAACGAUAUGAUCUGGAAAUACAACAUAGUGACCAUCGACAGACUUGUACUUUGCCUAGCAUUAAGAACUCAAGAAGGCAAUGAAGCUCAAGUGUGCUUCUUCAUCAUACAAUUGUUGCUACUAAAAGCGGCAGAGUUUAGAAAUCGUGUGCAAGAAUUUGUUAAAGAGAACUCACCAGAGCAUUGGAAACAAUCGAAUUGGCAUGAGAAGCAUCUGGCCUUCCACAGAAAAUUCCCAGAAAAGUUUGCACCAGAGGGUAUUAUGGAGCAGACUAGCGGUGGGCCUAGUCAAUAUCAAAAUCUGCCCGUGUACUUUGGGAAUGUAUGUCUCCGAUUUUUACCAGUUUUCGACAUAGUGGUGCAUCGGUAUCUAGAAAUACCGCCUGUUAUCAAGAGUUUGGAAAUACUGCUGGAACAUUUGGGCUGCUUGUACAAAUUUCACGAUCGACCUGUCACGUACCUUUACAAUACAUUACAUUAUUACGAGAAGAAGUUGCGAGAUCGACCGUUAUUAAAGCGUCGAUUGGUGUCCGCUGUUUUGGGGUCGUUACGAGAAAUCAGAGGAUGGGCACUUUCCGAACCUUAUCAGGUGUAUAUGACACGCUAUACAGAUGAAGCAGUCACGUGGGUACCAGAUUUGGACUAUUACAUUCGACUUGUACAGAGGAUCGUAGAGACAAUGUCUGGCACGGCUCACUUUCCUGCCACUGACUGGAGAUUUAACGAAUUUCCAAAUCCAGCGGCGCAUGCAUUGUAUGUGACCUGCGUUGAACUAAUGGCUCUUCCAGUUGCUCCAGACGUAGUGGCUAACUUUUUACUGGAUGUCGUUGCUAAAGGAUACACUGCGGUGCCAUCAGAUGAGAUACAUUUGUGGAUAAAUUGCGUUGGCUUGUUAUUGGCGGCAUUACCAGAGUGUUAUUGGUCAGCAUUGCAUAAACGUUUACUGGAGACUAUUAGCAGCCCCGGUCUGAUCAAUUGGCAAUACAAUAACUUAACGCCAUUUCAAAUGUUUAACUUCAACAUUACGCAUAACAGUUUAUUGGAAAACAAGUACAGCUACAUGCUUGCACUGGCACAUUCCGUAUGGCAUCAUGCGGGUGUAGGACAGAUUACAACAAUGCCUCAGUUUAUCAAGGAGAAACUUCAGCCAGUUGUAACUAGCGAGGAACAACUAAUAUACGCUUGCCAUUUAAUUGGUCCGACUUUGGCGAGAUUUAACGCGGAGCGGCCACACUGUGUAGUAGAACUUGCGGUUUGCCUGUAUGAAAUGCUGGAACGCGUUGACCAUACUCAAACCACGUUAAAUUAUAUGGAUCCAAUUUGCGAUCUAUUAUAUCACAUCAAGUACAUGUUCGUUGGAGACAUGACGAAAAAUGAGGUAGAAUGUAUUAUACGAAGACUGAGGCCUGCGUUGCAAAUGAGGCUACGUUUUAUCACUCACAUAAACAUAGACGAGAUUCAUACAUCCUAAGGCAUGAUCGAUCCUGCCGACGCAUUUCUGAAAACGACAUUGCGCCAUGUAAUUCGAAAACGAUCGGAUGGAUCGACCUAAUCCUUCCGAGAUAUAACUUUUAAUUUGAAGUAUAAGUGGACGUAAGAAAUGUACUGUUUUUUAAACUUUUUAUCUCUUGUACUUUGAUACUUGGACCGCGUGCUUGAAUGAGGAAAUAAAGUUUAAUUGAAGAACUGAGAAA